GCGCCGCGCCCCGACACGCGCGCUCCGCCCGGCCAAGAUGGCGGCGCCCAUGUGCGGCCGGGGGCUGGGGCUGCGGCUGCUGUCCUGGAGCCCGGAGCUGCCGUGCGCCUGGCGCGCUCUGCACACCUCUACAGUCUGCGCCAAGAAUCGGGCAGCCCGAGUCCGAGUAAGCAAGGGCGACAAGCCAGUGACCUACGAGGAGGCACACGCACCUCACUAUAUCGCCCACCGCAAGGGCUGGCUGUCGCUGCACACGGGUAACCUGGAUGGAGAGGACCAUGCUGCAGAGCGAACCGUGGAAGAUGUUUUCCUUCGCAAGUUCAUGCUGGGCACUUUCCCAGGCUGCCUGGCCGACCAGAUUAUCCUGAAGCGCCGGGCUAACCAGGUGGAGAUCUGUGCCCUGGUGCUGAGGCAGCUGCCUGCACACAAGUUCUACUUCCUCGUGGGCUACAGUGAGACUCUGCUGUCCCACUUUUACAAGUGUCCUGUGCGGCUGCACCUCCAAACUUUGCCCUCAAAGGCUGUGUAUAAGUACAUCUAGGACAAUCGCGUUUUUUGCAUCAAGCCCUAGCCUGCAAAGGACAGAGUCAUAUGGGAAAGGAGUGCAGUAGAAAUGGGGGAAAAUACAUCCCCUCAGAGUACUGAGGCUUCAUUGUCAAAGUUGCACAGGUGACAGGUGUUGAAUAAAUAGACUCUCCAUGUUGUCUUCCUGUCUUUUUCAGUCUGUCUUUACUCUUCAGGUGAGGGAACUGGAGUAGGGUUUCUUUGAGGAUGCUCUAGCACUCCCAGGAAGGCUGCCAGUUGUCUGAGGUUUAGGCAGUAGCCACAAUUCAAUAAGUAUCUUGUGCGAUCACUGUCGGGAACUUUACGUAAAGCUCUUUGUUUCCUUUCAAAAUGGCAAGAUCUAUUUUUGGUGGUUAUGAAGUAAUCAAUGUUAAUUUUUAAAAAAUCAAAACAAUAUGGACAUGUAUCAAAUCGAUCAUGAAACUUUCUUAUAAUUCUACCCCAGAGAGAACUAUUUACUAUGAACAGUUGUAUUUUAUUUCCAGAUGUACUUUUGUCCCAGAAGUACUUCAAUGCAUACUCAUUGUUUAUUAAACAAGCUUUUAACUGA